AUGCCAGCGGAAGAGCCCUGCGCCCCCGGCGCCCCAGAUAUCUCGAGUGCCCCGCGGGGCCCGGGUGUCCCCGGAGGCCAGCGGACGCCCUGCCCGGAGCCGCGCCUGGCCAGCCAGUUGCUGCCCGAGCUCUACACGUUCGCGGCGCGCGUGCUCUUCUACCUGGCGCCCGUCUACCUCGCCGGCUACCUGGGGCUCAGCAUCACCUGGCUGCUGCUCGGCGCCUUGCUGUGGAUGUGGUGGCGUCGGAACCGCGACGGGAAGCUCGGGCGCCUGGCUGCCGCCUUCGAGUUCCUGGACAACGAGCGCCAGUUCAUCAGCCGCGAGCUGCUGGGCCAGCACCUGCCGGCCUGGAUCCACUUCCCGGACGUGGAGCGGGUCGAGUGGGCGAACAAGAUUAUCUCCCAGACUUGGCCCUAUCUGAGCAUGAUCAUGGAAAGCAAGUUCCGGGAGAAACUGGAGCCCAAGAUCCGGGAGAAGAGCACCCACCUGCGGAGCUUCACCUUCACCAAGCUCUACUUUGGACAGAAGGUCAGUGCUGCCGCAGAGGUCAGCCCGGACCUCUGCUGCGCCACCUCUCACCUGUCCCUAAGGACAGGGCAGCCAGGCAGCCACCUGACUGCACAUCCCUGCUUGAGCUUCCCCUCAGUCUGCGGAAUCCAGGUCUGCUACAUCGGGGACUGUGAGAUCAGCGUGGAGCUGCAGAAAAUACAGGCCGGUGUAAACGGGAUCCAGUUGCAGGGCACCCUGCGGAUCAUCCUAGAGCCCCUGCUGGUGGACAAACCCUUCGUGGGAGCUGUGACCGUGUUCUUCCUGCAGAAGCCGCACCUGCAGAUCAACUGGACGGGCCUCACCAACCUGCUGGAUGCACCCGGAAUCAAUGAGGUGUCAGACAGCCUACUGGAGGACCUCAUCGCUGCCCACCUGGUGCUGCCCAAUCGAGUGACUGUUCCCGUAAAGAAAGGACUGGACGUGACCAACCUGCGCUUCCCCCUGCCCUGUGGGGUGAUCAGAAUCCACUUGCUGGAGGCAGAAAACCUGGCCCAGAUGGACCACUUCCUGGGGAUCCGAGGCAAGUCAGACCCCUAUGCCAAGGUGAGCAUUGGCCUACAGCAGUUCCGGAGCAGGACCAUCUACAAGAACCUGAACCCCACUUGGAAUGAGGUGUUUGAGCUCCUAGUGCACGAAGUCCCUGGGCAGGACCUGGAGGUGGACCUGUAUGACGAGGACCCUGACAGGGAUGACUUCCUGGGCAGCCUGCAGAUCUGCCUCGGUGACGUGCUGACCAACAGAGUGGUAGAUGAGUGGUUCGCCCUCAAUGACACCACCAGCGGGCGGCUGCACCUGCGGCUGGAGUGGCUGUCACUGACCCCUGACCAGGACACUCUGGCCGAGGUCCCCGGGGGCCUGUCCACUGCCAUCCUCGUGGUCUUCCUAGAGAGCGCCUGCAACCUGCCGAAUAAGAGCGGCAGGGACCCUUCUUGCUACGCAAAGCUGUCCGUAGGUAAGAAGACACAGACAAGCAAGACGUGUCACCACAGCAAGGACCCCGUGUGGGGCCAAGUGUUCUCCUUUUUUGUGCACAACGUGGCGGCUGAGGAGCUACAUGUGAAGGUGCUGGAUGAUGACCAGGAGUAUGCUCUGGGAGUGCUGGAGUUCCCUCUGUGCCAGAUCCUCGCCUGUGCAGACCUCACCCUGGAGCAGCGCUUCCAGCUGGACCACUCGGGCCUGGACAGCCUCAUCUCCAUGAGGCUGGUGCUGCGGUUCCUGCGCAUUGAGGAACGGGAGCUGGGGAGCCCGUACACAGGAUCUGAAGCCCUGAAGAAGGGCCCUCUGUUUGUCAAGAAGGUGGCCACCAGCCAUGACCCUAGAGCCCCACCGCAGGGAGAGGCCCCUGAAGAGGUGUCAUGUCCCCCGGAUCCUGCUUCCGACACCAAGGAGACCUCUGAGAGCACCCUCACCAUCACCAGUGUUCCGACUGCAGCCCCCGAGCCCAUGCACCAAGAGACAGCCCCAAAGCCCAAAGGCAAGGACAGCGCCAGAGGGUUCUGUGAGCCCGCAAGAGAGAAGAAGAGUUCGACCACCAUCUUCCUGACUGUCCCAGGCGCCCACUCUCCAGGGCCCAUCAAGUCUCCCAGACCCAGGAAAUGCCCCGCUUCCCCAUUUGCAUGGCCCCCCUCGGGGCUGGCUCCCAGCAUGUCCUCCCUCAACUCCCUGGGCUCCUGCUUUGACCUGACAGAGAUCAGCCUCAACAUUGAAGGCGGGGGUCCCAGGGCACGGCGGCUGGGUGAGAUUCAGCUCACCGUGCGCUACGUCUGUCUGCGGCGCUGCCUCAGCGUGCUCGUCAACGGUUGCAGAAACCUGACGCCGUGUACCACCAGUGGAGCUGACCCCUACGUCCGGGUGUACCUGCUGCCGGAGAGGAGGUGGGCCAGUCGCAAGAGGACCUCAGUGAAGCGGAAGACCCUGGAGCCCCUGUUUGAUGAGACAUUUGAAUUCUUUGUUCCCAUGGAAGAAGUACAGAAAAGGUCACUAGAUGUCGCAGUGAAAAAUAGUAGACCCCUUGGCUCACACCGAAGAAAGGAGCUGGGCAAAGUGCUGAUUGACUUAUCUAAAGAAGAUUUGAUCCGGGGCUUUUCUCAGUGGUAUGCACUGACUCCAGACGGCAGGUCCGGAAGCUGAGGCUGAGCACCACCAGCACCUCUGUUCCUUUAUAUAGAAUGAGUAUGUGUGCAUUGUGUACCUUACAU